UUGUGCCCAGUUGGGCGAGGGAUGUGCCAGGUCAUUGUGGUUUGAGGGCUUAGGGACAAACGGGAAUGUGCUACAUGAGCUAGAGGGUAGGAGCAAACAUGCGCUUUCCAUAGUUUCUGCCCUAUGGGAAAGGUGGGUUCCUACCUUCCAGAAGCAGCCUGGGGGGAAAGGGUCAGGGAGAGUGGCCUGAGCAAGGUUUUGGGCAAUCAGUGACAAAUCUCCUCAAAACAAGAGGCCUGGCUGCCCACAUAGGAAAUUCAAGUGGCUUGAAGAGUGAGGACAGAUUGUGUUCCAAUUAGAAAAGGCUUUUUGAAGAAGAAGUUGUAAAGAAUAGCAAGAGGGGUCAUCAGAGGCUGCUUCCUUGGAUCCUGUUGGAAACACAUCUUCCAAAGUGUUUGAGCCUGGAAAUACAAUUAUCAGGGUGGAAAUAGACCAUUGUGUGUGGUUCAAGGAUACUGAGUUUGAAUAGCACCAUAACUGAAAUACAGAGUUCUGAGCAUGUCCUUUAAGCCAGGAUGGGCACGGGCUGGUGCUGUGAUCAUCAGAGGAUUAUACCUCAACAUAAAGAAUGCAGAAGCUUUGAAAUGGGAUGGGAAAGGAAAGCAGUGGGGGAAGGGAGGUUGCAGAGGUUGCUGGAGCUUUGUUGCUUUGGUGAAAAUCAGGAGGCAGGCUAGCCUACAUUCUGGAUAUAAAUGUCUUCGGAAUUAGGGCAUCCAUUGCCACCAGUGCUUGCUGAUGGGGAUGGAACUGGAGCCCCUUAUUCAUCGCCAGGCCUGGACCCCAGGCCUCUCUACCAGCCUCUUUACAAAAAGGAUGAUUCCCCUGCCCCAGGGUAUCCUUGAGAGCACAGGGCCCUGUUCCCCUACAAAACUUAGGAACUGACAACCUUAAAGCAGAUCAGAUUGGGAAUGGGGUUAGGCCUUUUACAACUGGAGUGAUUGGUGAUGGCGGGAUGGACAUAUGCCUCUAUGCCUUUGACCUCAGGACUUCCUGGGUGGGUGUCUUGACGGUCAGCGAUAGGGGAGAAGGGUUUGAUAGCAGUUGGAAGAAGUAGCCAAUUCAGUAGACUUCCUAAGUUCCUUUCUUAGCAGCAUGACUUAGUGGUUCUGUGACCCGAGGCAAAUUAUUGAACCUCCCCGAAGCUUCCCAUUUUCUUAUCUUCAAAAUGAUAAUUAUAACGUCUGUCUUAUGGGAUGGUCACUGAAAUAACGCAUGUGAAGCUCUUAGCACAGGGCCUGGCACACAAUAAGCACUCAGUAAGUCAGUCAUUAUUCCUCUUAGGAUAUUUAAGUCUUUCAGCCUGUUGUGAUCAGCGCAGGAAGAGGGCUAGGAUGUCCGGAUGGAACCAUGAAGGCCUCUGAGGACCUCAAUCCUGGGUUUGGAACCCAAGAAAGGUGAACAAGCCAUUGGAGGAAGGCAGGUCAAAGGCGCAUGCCCAGCGACAGCAGGUGCAGGGGGGCGCGCCGCUGCCGCCGCCGCGGCCUCCCCUUUAAGAGCCGCCGCCGCCCACGGCCCGCCGCUGCGGCAGGGACCUCCCCUUUAACGGCGGCGGCUCGGCGCUCCGCGGCCCCCGCGGCGGCUGCUGCUGCGGGUGCUGCUGCUACUGCGGCUCCUGCUGCCGCCGCCGCUCGGCCUCCAGCAACCACAUCCUCGGCCCGGGCCGGCUUCCCGCCCCGCACCCCGCGCCCCGCCCGGCCCCGCCAUGGUGUCCUGGAUCAUCUCUCGCCUGGUGGUCUCCGCCAGGCUCCAGGAGGGUGCCCUCUCCCACAACUGUGGACUUUGUCCUUGAGGAUUCCACCCCUGACUCCAUCUCCGAAGUAUCCUGCCUCAGUGAGGCUCAUCUUUGGCACCCUGUACCCAGCCUACUCUUCCUACAAGGCCGUGAAGACAAAAAACGUGAAGGAAUAUGUGAAAUGGAUGAUGUACUGGAUCGUCUUUGCCUUCUUCACCACUGCCGAGACACUCACAGAUAUCGUGCUCUCCUGGUUCCCCUUCUACUUUGAGCUCAAGAUCGCCUUUGUGAUAUGGCUGCUGUCCCCUUAUACCAAAGGCUCCAGCGUGCUCUACCGCAAGUUCGUGCACCCAACCCUGUCCAACAAAGAGAAGGAGAUCGACGAGUACAUCACACAGGCCCGAGACAAGAGCUAUGAGACCAUGAUGAGGGUGGGCAAGAGGGGUCUGAAUCUGGCCGCCAAUGCGGCAGUCACGGCUGCUGCCAAGGGCCAGGGGGUGCUAUCAGAGAAGCUCCGAAGCUUCAGCAUGCAGGACUUGACCCUGAUCCGGGACGAGGACGCGCUGCCCCUGCACGGGCCUGAUGGCCGCCUCAGAGCCAGCCCUGGCAGCCUCCUGGACACCAUUGAAGACCUGGGAGAUGACCCCACCCUGAGCGUAAGGUCAGGCACCAACCAGGCAGAUCCCCGGACAGAGAUCUCUGAGGAUGACACGGGAGACAAGGCCCCUAAGAGGGUCAAACCCAUCAAAAAAGUGCCCAAACCCGAGCCACUGGCUUCCAAGACGCUGAAGACCCGGCCCAAGAAGAAGACCUCCGCAGGGGGUGACUCAGCUUGAGGCCCCCGCCCCCUCCCCGCAGGCUGCAGAAUCCCGGCUCCACACUGUGCCAGCAGCCCUCAGUCUCAGGCCCCGGGGCCUCUCAGAUGGCUGUUUCCGGUGCCUCCCAGUGGCCAUUCCCCUGGAAGGGCUUGGGAAAGAGAAGGGAGGCCCUGCUGUGGGGGGCCGAGGGUAGAGGCUGGACCCAGGAGCUGAGGAGGGAGCCACUCGAGGAGGUGCGGGCCCCCCAGAGCCCGAAUGCUACUCUCCCCGCUCCAGCCCUGACCCCGCCCACCCAGUGCCUUGCUGAAGACCAUGGCCAUCCCCUUGUCCUAACACAUGGCCCCACUGCUCUCCCUGAGUCAGGGUCGACGGCCAGUCACAGCCCAGAUUGACCGGAGCCUGAAGGCCCAGCAGAGAAGGAGGGAGUAGGGAGGCCUCAGAGAACCUGGGCUCUGGGCCUACAGGUGUGAAUGGAGGACAAGGGCUCAGUGGUGUUUAAGUGACCAGGAGCCAGGCCAGAGCUGCAGCUGGGGGUGUUGGGUAGGGCUGUGAGCUACCUGUGCCCACUGAAAAGAGGUGGGGCUCCAGGGGUGUGCGUGUGUGUGAAAGAGAAAAUGUGUGUGUGUGUGUGUGUGUGUGUGUGUGUAUCUUUCUGGGUCUAGAGCUGGGGGCUUUUGAGUGAAGGACUUUGCCUCCAGCAGUAACCUCCCGCCACCCAACCCAGCUGCCCUUUCCCCCCUUGGCCCUCCCGCCUACUCUCUCAGCCUCAGAGGACCCCAGCCCAUGAGAGAGUAGGGCUCCAAGGGGCCUCUCACCUGCUCCUCUGCCCUUAAUCCCCUCUUCUUUUGCCUCCUCCCAUUCCUGCCCCAGGAUGGGGCUCCAUCCCCUCUGGGCCCUCAGUAGAGGCCCCUGCUGAGCCGAUUCCUUUUCUCCUCUCCUGGGGGCCCAUCUUCUUUCCCCCUAAGGCCCUCUUCCUGUGCCAAGCAGACUAGGCCCCCUGUAACAGACCCCUGUCAGAGCCCAGCCUUUGCCCCACACUUUGCCCCAGCUUCUGCCGUGGCUUCCUUCCAUCAGGGCUCGGAGGAGCGUGUAAAGAAGAAAAAGGUAUUAGGAGCCAGGGGGCUCCAGAUUGGUGGGAAGAGGGUGCCCAAUGGACCUUUGGCACUGGAUGAGCCAAUAAACCAAAUUCUGGCACCUCA